CCGGUGCCGCGGUGCAUGCCGGAUCCAAGAAUCGCAAAGAUGGCGUACCAGACGUUUCAGCAAGAGUACCUUCAGAUGCCCCUCAUCACACGGGCUUACACAACAGCCUCCGUCCUCACAACCAUCGCUGUGCAACUAGACAUCAUCACACCAUUCCAGUUGUAUUUCAACCCAGACCUUAUACUCUACCAGUACCAGGUAUGGCGGCUCGUCACAAACUUUCUCUUCUUCGGCACAAUAGGAUUCAACUUCUUAUUUAAUAUGAUAUUCACAUACCGGUACUGCCGGAUGCUAGAAGAGGGGUCCUUCCGUGGGCGGACAGCAGACUUUUUCUUCAUGUUCCUGUUUGGAGGAACUCUUAUGAUGAUCUUUGCGUACUUUGUGAACCUGGUGUUCCUGGGCCAGGCCUUCACCAUCAUGCUGGUGUACGUGUGGAGUAGAAGGAACCCGUACGUCAGGAUGAACUUCUUCGGCCUGCUCAACUUCCAGGCACCCUACCUGCCCUGGGUGCUGUUCGGCUUCUCCUUACUACUGGGGAACUCUGUGGUGGUCGACUUGUUAGGAAUUGCUGUUGGCCAUAUUUACUACUUCCUUGAAGAUGUCUUCCCAGAACAGCCAGGAGGCUUUAAGAUCCUCAAGACACCAGGGAUUUUGAAAUGGAUAUUUGAUGCUCCCCCUGAAGACCCCAACUACGCCCCCCUUCCAGAAGAGGACAGGCCAGGUGGCUUCCGCUGGGGGGAGGGGGUUAGGGUCGGAGGGGGGGAUGAAGCAGAAAACCAGGGGGGUGCAGAAGCUGAGGGUGACCAGCAACAGUGACCCUAGCACAAGUGUACAAUUACAAAAUAUUCAACCCUUUUGUGUCUCCAGCUAUAGUUAUAUGAGGCUUGCUGCACAUAUAGUACAGAUCUUGAUGAACUUUCCUUACCAAUGCAUUUUACACAGGGUUUUGUCUCAUUUAUUUCUCUUACAAAAGUUGUGUAAGUCGCAUCUAAGUCGCGAUUGAAAGUCAUGUAAAAGUUGUAUGUGUAACAGGUGGGUAAAACUAGCAAAAGCUAGCCUCCUGCGCAGACUUCUCAGGCAGUGUUAAUAUUUUUGGGGGGGGG